AUGGCGGGCAAUCUUAAUCGUAUGGCCUCUGGAUGGAAUCUUUACGUACACAUCAAGCGCAGAGAAUGCCGAAGAGCGAAGCAAUUCUGGAAUAAGAUAUUGGUUUAUAACGACAUAACCCCAAAGGACACUGGAAAUAUGCUCGAAGGGAAGACAGAGCCAUUCAAAUCCCAUAUUCUUAUUGGGAAGGCUGGUGGGCUAUAG